AUGGCUCCACAGCAGUCUCCGGCCAAAUAUUCAUAUGUUGUUACUUCUGCUGGCCCUAAAAUCCUACCCGUAGAGGAGCCCUUUUGCAAGGAUGAGGAGAGCCCAGCAGAUUACAACGCAGGAGGAUAUCUACCCGUCAAGCUUAGCGACAGCUUUAAGAAUAAUAGAUACAAGGUUGUAAGGAAACUCGGAUGGGGUCAUUUUUCGACUGUAUGGCUCGUAAAGGACACUCAUCUUCACCGUCACUCGGCUCUCAAGGUCGUCAAGUCUGCUGGACGAUAUGCGGAGACAGCGAGAGACGAGAUUAAACUCCUUUCUCGGGUCGCUUCGUUUUCACCAGCACACCCAGGCCGCCAGCACAUUGUCUCUUUUCUUGACUCAUUCACUCACCAAGGACCCGAGGCCUCUCAUAUAUGCAUCGUAUUCGAGCCUCUUGGCGAGAACCUGUUGGCGUUGAUAGAACGUAACAAGAAGCACGGAGUGCCGCGGGCACUAGUCAAGGUCAUCGCCAAGCAGACUUUACUUGGUCUCCAGUAUCUUCAUGAUGAAUGCGACUUGGUACAUACCGACAUCAAGCCGGAGAAUAUUCUAAUUUCCAUUCCCGACAUUGAAGCCCACAUCUCCACCGAGUUAUCUUUGUCACCAUCACCGACCUCUCGUCGGGUCGGCGUCCCUCUACCGUCCAAUAUCCGCUCGGGUCUUGCCAUACGGAAUCAACGGUCUACCCGUCGCUCCGUUCAGAUAUUUGACUCUCAGCCUCUCUCAAGUCCUUCUCGGAGCGCUGGCAUCCAUGGAUCGAGCAUGAGCUUUGGCGCACUAAACAGUUCCUCUCCCGCUGCGCCACCCCCAACACCCAGUUCUCCAACUUCUCUUUCCACUCAGAUUCCUUCACCGCCGCCUCGCAGAGAAACAUCCCAAGCCCCUCAGCCUAUGGACAUUCCUUCAGUGCACCCAUCUGGUGCGCCUCCUCUUCCGCCACCAUUAUCAAUAAAGAUUGCGGAUUUAGGAAAUGCCACACCGUCCAAGAAGCACUAUACAGAGGAUAUACAGACACGGCAAUACAGAGCUCCAGAGGCGAUUCUUGGUCGGAAAGAUUGGGAUGUCACUGCUGAUAUAUGGAGCGUAGCUUGUGUGGUCUUUGAGCUUCUGACGGCUGAAUAUCUCUUUGAUCCUCAGGGUCAAGGCGAGUUGUUUACCAAGGACGAUGAUCAUAUGGCUCAAAUUAUCGAGCUCCUUGGCGAUUUUUCUAUAGAGGCAAAGAUGGGCGGCAAGUAUAGUCGCGAGCUGUUCGAUCAUACAGGUGCAUUACGAUAUAUCAGGUCUUUGAAGCCAUGGCCGUUAAAGCGUGUCAUGAUGGAGAAAUAUCUUUAUACAGAUCGGGACGCCACAAUCCUAUGUGAUUUCCUUGAGCCUAUGCUGGUCAUUGACAUGAAGCAGCGUAGUCAUGCCAGGGAUAUGAUAGACCAUCGAUGGUUAGAUGUUGUAGAGGGUGACGAGGUUGCUGGGUCUUGGUGA